AUGGCACACAAGGAACUUCCAAGUCAAUCGACACUAGAUCACCUCAGAUCUGUGAGUAAUUGUGUCAGAUCUACUGUCAAGGACUGUGUAAACCAGUAUUGGAGUGAACUUUCCACAUCUAUACAACAGGCAGCUGACACAAGUAACAUCAAGGCAAUGUAUGAUGGGAUAAAGAAGGCAGUUGGGCCCAGCCUAGCCAAGACUGCACCGCUCAAGUCCAAGACAGGUGAGAUACUGACAGACAAAUCCAUGCAACUCGAAAGAUGGGUAGAACACUUCUCUGAACUGUACUCAACCGGAAGAUCUGUCCACCAGGUUGCCAUAGAUUGCAUGAAACAUCUCCCUGAGAUGUCUGAACUGGACACGCCUCCCACUUUGGAAGAUCUAUCCCUAGCCAUCGACAGACUGCCUGUAGGAAAAGCUGCCGGGAAAGACUGCAUACCUGGUGAAGUAAUCCGAGCUGGGAUAUCCUAUCUUCUCAAGCCUCUGUACCAGCUACUCCUCAAGUGCUGGGAGGAUGGAGAAGUGCCUCAAGACCUUAGGGACUCCAACAUUAUCACCCUCUUCAAAAACAAAGGAGACCACAAUGACUGCAACAACUAUAGAGGGAUUUCUCUUUUGAGUGUUGUUGACCUCACUAAGGCCUUCGACUUGGUCAGCAGAGAUGGUUUGUUCAAAAUCCUCCCACUUAUUGGCUGUCCCCCUAAAUUGUUGAAGCUGAUCAGAUCAUUUCAUGAUGGUAUGAUGAGCACUGUGCAAUUUGAUGGAGAGAUCUCACGUAAAUUUGGUGUCAAGAGUGAUGAAGGUGUAUACCUUCACUCAAGAUCAGAUGGCCGACUUUUUAACCUUGCAUGCCUUCGUGCAAAAUCUAAAGUCAAGAGAGUCACUAUCCAAGACCUGCUAUUUACCGACGAUGCAGCCAUCGUCUCCCAUUCACGGGAAGGGCUACAGGAGCUAAUGGACAGGUUCUUCGAUGCCUGUAAUCUCUUUGGUCUCACCAUCAGCCAAAAGAAAACCCAGGUAAUAGCUCUGGGGACAGAUGAACCACCUGUUAUAUUUCUUGAAGGUGAACAUCUUGAGGUUGUUGGUCACUUUCAAUAUCUGGGCUCUACUGUGACUGACUCGCUUUCUCUAGACAUAGAGAUAAACAAGCGAAUCGGGAAAGCAUGCUCCACCCUGUCCAAGCUUACAAGACGAGUGUGGGAAAACAAACAUCUCUCUGUCCCCGUCAAGAUCCAAGUUUACCGCGUGUGUGUAGUGAGCACACUAUUAUAUGGUAGAGAGUCAUGGGCAACCUAUGCUCAUCAAGAGCACAAGCUGCAGGUCGUUCACAUGCGCUGCCUACGACGAAUUCUGUCUAUCCGUUGGCAUGACAAAAUAUCCAACAGCAAAGUCUUGGAGAGUGCGGGCAUACAACAAAUGCAGACUCUCCUUCGGCAGAAACGAUUGCGCUGGCUCGGACAUGUGCACCGGAUGGACGAGAAUCGCAUUCCCAGGGCCCUUCUGUAUUCUGAACUAGCAUCCGGAAAGCGAAAUGUUGGCCGACCUCGUCUUCGUUUUGUGGACGUGUGCAAGCGCGACAUGAAAGCUUGCGGAAUAGAUACCAACAACUGGGAGAGCCACACUCGAGAUCGCGCAGACUGGAAAACAGUGGUGUCGGAUGGGCUCUCACUAGGUGAAAACAGACUAAGAGAACAUGCCAACAGUAAACAAACGAACAGAAAUGCCAGACAGCAUCAAACCACAAAUCAACCUGAAGAUGCUCCAGUCUUCACGUGUGGGACAUGUGGUCGAAUCUGCAAAUCCAGGAUCGGCCUCUUCAGCCACCACAGACGGUGCUCACCAACAAACUCAACUGGCGCAACUCCAUAG